GGCUUAGCAACGUCAUGGUUCCCCCCAAACAAAUAAUUCAUAAGCUGUGAGUUGUUAUCGUUGAAGAUGACGGAGCACUAUGUAGGACCAAUGUAAUUAUUGAAUAGUCACCCGAUUAUUAUUGAAUCAGUAGGCUGGUACUGGGAUUCUGCUCGUAGUAAUAAGAAAUCAAUCGGUCCGAGAAUGAGGAUAGUGGGGCUGACCGGAGGGAUUGGAUCAGGGAAGAGUACCGUCUCCAAUCUUUUCAAGGCCCAUGGUAUUCCGGUCGUCGAUGCCGACGUCGUCGCUCGUGAUGUUUUGAAAAAAGGUACUGGUGGUUGGAAAAAGGUGGUGGCGGCUUUUGGGGAGGACAUCCUGCUUCCUGACGGAGAGGUGGAUCGCCCGAAGUUAGGUCGCAUUGUAUUUUCUGAUCCACAAAAACGCCAAAUUCUUAAUAGAUUUCUGGCACCAUACAUCUCAUCAGGCAUUCUCUUGGAAGUGUUGAAACUAUGGAUGAAGGGGUGCAAAAUUAUUGUGCUCGAUGUCCCUUUGUUGUUCGAAGCCAAGAUGGACAGGUGGACAAAUCCUAUUGUUGUUGUUUGGGUUGAUCCCGAGACUCAGCUCCAUCGGCUCAUGGCAAGAGAUGGAACCACAGAAGAAGAUUCUAAGAGCAGGAUUAACUCUCAAAUGUCUCUUGAUCUCAAAAGGACCAAAGCAGAUAUUCUAAUAGAUAACACUGGAUCACUGGCAGAUCUGAAUGAAAAUUUUCAGAAGGUAUUGGUCCAGGUCACAAGGCCUUUGACAUGGACAGAAUUUGCUCUAUCUAGACAGGGUGCUAUUGUUGCAUCUAUAUCCAUUUUUCUAGGCAUCAUCAUAUGCAGGAAAUGUUUGUGAUGAUAUUGCAUUUAUUUAUUGAGAUAAAUUUCAUAAACUUCUUAUUGUUGAACUCAACCUUGUGAAAUUUGGAAGGCGUUAAUGAUCCUUAAUGUACUAUAUAAUUGGAACUAUAAUCUUCUUGUUCCUCACCUAAAAUAAUGCAGAAUGGUUUAAUGGAGCUUCUGUUUCAGUUCAGUGAUAUUUGAUACUUUUCUUAGCCCCAUAUUACCUGGAUUUAUGGUGUCCCUGGUGAUAUAUGAAUUGGUAAAGAAAAGUGAGAGGGCUUCCAAAGACGUCUUACAGUAUGCUGCUGUAGCUUACAGGAUCAUGUAUAUUUAAUUUUUUUCCCCAGCUGUAGCUCAUUAGGUGGAAUCAUGGAUUGGAUUCUAGGUAUCUUUGAUACAAGAGACAGAGAGAGGGAAGGGCUGUGUUGAGUGGUAAGGUGGAAGGGAUUGUAAGUAGAAUAUCUUGGAUUCAAAACCUCUUACUUGAGGAAAAAAAAAAAAGAAAAAAGAAUGGAUGUGACUUUCCAUUGAGUAGAUUCCUAUGACUUUUUUUUUUUUUUUUUUUUUUUUAAGACAGUUAAUUGAGUAGAUUUCUGUGCUUCUUGAACUAUAUGCUUAUCUUUUCUUUUUCCUGUAUUCAAGUCUAUUAAAAUUUAAAAAAAAAUGGAUGUGACUUUCGCCGAGGGUUUCUAACAAAAUUGAAUUUUUGGGUCAAAUUGAAAUUAAGUUGUAAAAGGUUGUUGAGUUUAUGUGAUCCAAGAAAGAUGCUCUUGUGCCUAUAUUCCUUUCCUUUUUUUCUUUUGGAUCAUUUGCAGGAACCAGAUUCUUUAUCUCUGAAAAAAAGAAGAAGAAGAUGUCUUUUCUUGUAUAAGCAUCGGCGUGACUAUUAUUUUCAUGUGCAUGUAGCUCUUUCACGGCGAAACUGGUCCUUGUCAAGUACAUAAUUAGGAAUCUAUACAUAUGUGCAUGGAAUAUGGAUACGUGCAAGUAUGCAUACGGGCCACCAAUUUGCUGAAAAAGGGUCAUGCUCUUGUCCUGUCUAUAAAUUUGUGAUUGCGUUCUCUUAGUCCCCUUCACCAUAUCUUACAAAUCACAAGCAACCAGAGAAGUCGAUCGAGGAUGAAACUUCAACAGUUCUCUGGCGAUCAUCACCAUCAGGAGCAUUUGAUGGAUUAUGACGAAGCAAAAAAGGUGAUCCGCAGGGGGGUGACCCUAAGGAGAGUUUAUGCGGACGCUAGGGUGGCCAUGCCUGGAAAUCAAACUCUCAAGGGAAAGGGUGGCUGGAAUUACAUUUCCAUGGAGCUUGAAAGACGAAACAAGCGAUCUGGUGUUGAAGACUCCAUCAGGAUCAUCAUGUUCUUGGGUUCCUGGAGCCACACUUGAGGCUGAUCCAUGUCUGCUGUUCCACAAAGUGAAUGACGAAAAACUACCUAUUAUGCAACUGCACCUAUUAUGUACUUUCUCAACUUCACAGGAUUUUGGGAACAACAAUAAGAAAGAACUUGGAUCGGUAUAAUGAUAAUACUACCUGUUUUGUUUGCUA